AUGAGUAAUCUUUCACUCCAAAAAAGGCUUGCCGCUUCCGUUCUUAAAUGCGGAAAAGGAAGAGUAUGGCUUGACCCAAAUGAAGCAUCUGAAAUUAGUUCUGCUAAUUCACGCGCCAAUGUUCGUCGUCUCAUUAAAGAUGGUCUUGUAAUCAAGAAACCAGUUGUAGUUCAUUCUCGCUUCCGCGCUCGUAUGUACCAAGAAGCUCGCAGAAAAGGACGUCAUUGUGGUCUUGGUAAACGUGUUGGUACAGCUAACGCUCGUAUGCCAGGAAAGGUUCUUUGGAUUCGCCGUAUUCGUGUUUUAAGACAUUUACUCAAAAAGUAUCGUGAUGCUGGAAGAAUUGACAAACAUUUAUACCAAGAACUUUAUCUUCGUGCUAAGGGUAACGCUUUCAAGAACAAGCGUAAUCUUCAAGAAUAUAUUUUCAAAAAGAAGGCUGAAAAUAUUCGUGCCAAACAACUUAUUGACCAAGUUGAAGCUGCUAAAGCUAAGGCCAAGGAAACCCGUAAACGCCGUGAAGAAAAGAUGGUACAAAAAAGACAAGCUGUCAUAAGAAAAGUUUCUGAAUCCGAAAAGGAAUCCAAAGGCAAGAAGAGAACAAAUUGUUCUUUUAUUGUUGGUGUUUCCUAUUGUAAUAAUGAUACUGAAUCUUUAUCAAAUAGUAACAAUGUAGAAGAUGAUGAAGUUAAGAAAGAGUUAUUUGUUGAACCUCCAAAAGCUCAUCUAUCUAAAGAAGAAAUUGAAAAUUUAGCAAUUUCUAGUAAAACUUUUCAAUUUGAGGCAGAAAUUUCUCGUAUGAUGAAACUUAUUAUAAAUUCUCUUUAUAAAAAUAAAGAAAUUUUUGUAAGAGAACUUAUUUCAAAUGCUGCUGAUGCACUGGAUAAAAUUCGCUUUCUUUCAUAUCGUCAAAAGGAUGCUCUUUCAGCAACUGAAGAUUUACUUAUUCGUAUAAAAAGUGAUCCUGAAGCUAAUACUAUCACCUUAACAGAUACUGGAAUUGGUAUGACAAAAAAUGAACUAAUUACUCAUCUUGGGACAAUUGCUAAAUCAGGUACUGCUAAUUUUAUAGAAAAAAUUAUGAAUGCUUCAAACACUGAUGAACAAAACAGUUUAAUUGGUCAAUUUGGAGUUGGUUUUUAUUCUGUAUUUUUGGUUUCAGAAAAAGUUGUUGUUCGUUCAAAGCACAAUAAUGAUAGUCAAUAUAUUUGGAUUUCUGAUGCUAGUACAUACACAGUUAUUAAAGAUCCAGAAGGAGAUACAUUAAAAAGAGGUACAGAAGUUACGCUUUAUUUAAAAAAAGAUGCUAAAGAAUUUUCUGAUCUUUCUAAACUUCGCCAUCUUAUUCAUACAUAUUCUCAAUUCGUAACAUUUGACAUUUAUGCUUAUGAAAAGGAGUCUAAUAGUGAAGAAAAAAAAAGUAGUAAUGAAAAUGAUAAAGUAAGCGAAAAACCUGUUGCAAAAUAUGCCUGGAAUAAAAUAAAUGGAUUUAAACCAUUGUGGGUAAGACAUCCAAAAAAUGUAACAGAAGAAGAAUAUGAACGAUUUUACAAUGGUCUCAUAUUGAAUCCAUUCGAUCGUUUACCUUCACUUGGACGUGUACAUUUUCAUACUGAGGGUGAUGUUGUUUUCAAAGGAAUAUUUUAUAUACCAGGUAAAAUAAAUGAAAAACUGAAGGAUAAUGUUUUGACUAUUACAAAAUUAUUAAAAUUAUAUGUUAGAAGAAUUUUUAUAACUGAUGAAAUGAGUGAAAUUAUCCCACGAUAUUUAUCAUGGGUUGCUGGUGUUGUGGAUUCUGAUGAUUUACCUUUAAAUGUUUCUCGUGAAGUUCUUCAAGCUUCUAAACUUUUACGUUUAAUAAGCAAGAAAGUUGUCAAAAAAAUUUUGGAUAUGAUUAUUAAACUUAAAGGUGAAGCUUUUGAUAAAUUUUAUGAAAUGUAUUCACGAAAAAUGAAACAUGGAAUACUUGAAGAUCCUGAAAAUGCUAAUAAAAUUGCAAAAAUACUAAGAUUUAAUAGUUCAUAUGAGGAAAGUGUAACAUCUUUAGAAGAUUACGUCUCUCGAAUGAAAGAGAAUCAGAAAGAAAUUUAUUAUCUUGCAGGUGAAACUAUACAUGAAAUUAAGACAUCACCUCUUAUUGAAAAAUAUAUUAACAAUAAUAUCGAAGUUCUUUAUUGUCUUGAUCCUCUUGAUGAAAAUGUUUUCGAAGAACUUAGAAUGUUUAAAAAUAAGAAAUUUCGUAAUCUAGCUUUAAACAGUAAUGAUGAUAAUGGUAAAUCAGAAGUAAGGAAAGAUGAUGAAACCGAUUUUGAACAAGAAUAUGAUUUGCUUAUUGAAUGGUUUAAGAAACAUAUAAUGGAUAAUAAAAUUGAAAAAAUUGUUUUAUCAAAGAGACUUUACACAUCUCCUGCAGCUUACGUUUCAGCAGAAUAUGGCAUUUCGGGAUAUCGUGCAAAACUUAUUCGAGCCACUCAAAUAUUAAGUAAAACAAGUGCUGACGAUAUUUUAGAUAAAUUACGUUAUAAUUUUGAAAUCAAUCCAAAUAACGAUAUUAUAAAAAUGCUUUUAGAAAUGGUUAAGGAAAAUGAAUAUGAUGAAUCAGUAAUAAAUAUAGGUCACAUGAUUUCUGAUAUUGCAAAAUUAAGAUCCGGAUUUAUUAUUGAAAGACCUGAUGAAUUUGAAUCCAGAAUUCAAGAACUUAUAAAAGGAAGUUUACAAUUACCAAAACCAUUGUCUACACCUUUAAUGGAAAAUGAAGGUAUGUGUAGUAAAGAAAAAUGUGAAAGCAAAUCUUCCCAUUCUGAGCUUUAA